GUAAUAUUUUUCUAUUACGUAAGACUUUAGAGAACGUUAGCUUGUUAUUUGGAGAAUAUAUUCUGACCAAAGACACUAAUUUUCUGAGUGUACAAUCGCUGAGUCGGUGAACUUUUGUCUCAUCACUCCCUUUAUCCUUUCCCACCCUGUUCUCUUCAUUAAAAUCCCCAAAUUCUCUGAUGAACAACAGCUUUACUACGAAAUUGUUGCGGAAUUACUGCGUUUCGGUUAGUAUCAUUCGUUUCAACUUCUAGUUUUAGCUUCGCAGUUGAAUUUUAAGCUCAUCAAUAGAUUUUUCGUUUGCUCUCGUUCAUACCUGUGGAUUAAUUGUCAGAUUUUGGUACUUUUAGGAAAUUAUCGCGUUCGAGACUUCGAGUAUUAUGUUCUUGUGAAAACUAUUGUUUUUAGAAAAUUAUUGCUUUGUGACAAGUUUAAUAGAGUUCGGAUUGACACUUGAUUUUGAUGAACUAUAGAGUAACGUACGGGUAAUUACUGGGAAAUUGUACCUGUUUCUGUUUUUCUUGCAAGAACACAUAGGCCUAUGACUUCGGUUUUACAUUAUGAAGGAUGCUUUGAAAGAAUCAAAAUCACAUAACCUGUUAAAAGGUCUUGUUUAACAAGAAGCAUUCUUCUAUUACUAAAUGAUUCCCAUAAAACCCAUUUCUCAAUUACUUCUACACUUUUAGUAUCACAAUGACUUCAAACAAACCAGAUACAACAACAACAACAACCACAACCCUUCAAUAUCCACCUAAAAAUCAAGAAAUCAACAUCAAAGUUUGGGGAUUAUCCCUCAUUUCAGUUUUCCCAUGGGCAGAAAACCUAAAAAUCCCAACUUUUUUCAACAAAAAACUAAAAAAACACGCACAACUCUCUCAAACCAAUCUUGUGGGACCCGGUGUCACUUACUCCACAGUUCGUUUCAGACCUUAUGUUUCAAAGGUUCCAUGGCACACGGGUCCAAGGGCAUUUUUGUCACAAUUGUUUCCACGAUAUGGGCAUUACUGUGGGCCAAAUUGGUCAAGUGGGAAAGAUGGAGGGUCUUUAUUGUGGGAUAAAAGGCCUAUUGAUUGGCUUGAUUAUUGUUGUUAUUGUCAUGAUAUGGGAUAUGAUAGUCAUGAUCAAAGUGAGCUUUUGAAGGCGGAUUUGGCUUUUCUUGAAUGCUUAGAGAGGCCUCAUAUGGCUACAAGAGGAGAUGUUCAUGUUGCUCAUCUUUACAAGACUAUGUGUGUAUCAGGUCUGAGGGGUAUACUGAUACCAUACAGACAACAUUUGGUGAAAUUAAAGUCGGGUCAAUUAAGUCUUGGAUUUGGAUGGCUCAGCAAUAUGAAAUGGAAAGGUUGGAAUGCUAAUAAAGAAGCACGCUAGACUUAAAAUUCAAUUAUGUCUAUAUAAGACUCGUAUAUAUAUACAAGUAAUAUAUGUAUGUAAAUGUCUUGUGAGUAAAUGUCCAAAUGAUAACAUUUUAUAUUAAAUUGUCGUUUCAUUAGUCUAAAUUUCUACAUCCAUCUUAGUAUAUCGUAGUCCUAAAAACAUGUAGGCGUAUUUUGGAUAUCAGGAAGAGGAGGGUAUUUAUGUCUUUUGCACAUAUGAGAGAUCUACUCUGUCUUGUCUUGUUUCAUCUUUUUGAAUAAGACAAAAAAGU